AGACAAAAUAAGAAAUCAAAAAAACUUUUCCAUUGGUGAAAAAAUGCCAGUGAGACCAACACCACCACCACCACCAACUGUUUCUUCCUUCACAUAGUUACACACACACACUGACGCUACAUCUAUACAUACACCAUGUCUACGAGCUUCAACAGUAACCCUAGGAGCCCUGCAACCAGCUCCAGGCUGCAGCUCGGUGGCGUUGGUGGUGUUUCUAGGGCUAUCAGAUCUUCCUCCUCCAAAAAACCGCCGGAGCCGCUCCGCCGUGCAAUCGCCGAUUGUUUAUCUUCUUCGCUGAUUUCCGUUCACGGAAGCUCAUCGGCGGUUAUUUCAGAAGCUUCCAGAACUCUACGGGAUUAUUUAGCGUCGCAUGCAACUACUGACCUGGCCUAUGGUGUGAUAAUAGAGCACACACUUGCGGAGAGAGAGCGAAGCCCUGCGGUGGUUGCAAGGUGCGUGGCGCUUUUGAAACGUUAUCUCUUGCGAUAUAAACCAAGUGAAGAGACCCUGCUAGAAAUUGAUCGGUUUUGUUUAAAUAUAAUAACGGAGUGUGAUAUUAGCCCAAGCCGAAGACUAACAUCUCGAUCUGUAACCCCACAAACAGCUGGUUCAUCAACUACUUUAAAUGGAUCACCUUUGCCUGUUGCAAGUUUUGCUUCAGGGGGACUAGUGAAAUCCUUAAACUAUAUUCGUUCUUUAGUGGCUCAACAUGUUCCAAGAAGACCAUUCCAACCUGCAGCGUUUGCUGGAGCUACUCCUGCUUCCAGACAAUCACUUCCGUCAUUAUCAUCACUAAUGAGCAAAUCUUUUAAUUCCCAAAUCAGCCCCGGAAUCGGUAAAGAAGCUUCUGAGAUUAAAGAAGGUUCUGCUGUAUCUGUAUUGGAUUUGCCGAUUGCUGAAGACGUUAGUGGAAUUGAAGGCGAUGAAUUCAUCGCCAGUGAUGUGUUCAAAUGGAGAUGGCAUGGGGACCCACAAUCAUCUUUACUUUCUUCUGAUAGUGAUCGUCCUUUGAAUCAUAAAGAUAUGAGUAAGCACAAUUUCCUUGAAGUAGGUGCUGCCGCUCUUCUUUUAGGGGACAUGGAAGCUAAAACAAAAGGUGAAUUUUGGAGAAAUUUUGGUAGCGUUGACAUGCCUUACCUUGAUCAACUGUUACAGCCAUCAUUACUCACUACUGUAACCAAUUCCGCCUCUGCUCGUUCCCACUUGAGAGCAAUAACCGCUUCUAAACGCUCCAAGACAGACCCUCAUCAGAUUUGGGAAGAUUCUCCUAUGACAACCUUUCGUCCUCGUUCUCGACCACUUUUUCAAUAUCGACAUUACAGUGAACAGCAACCCUUGAAACUGAAUUCUGUUGAGGUGGGAGAAGUUAUAGCUGCAGUAUGCUCAGAAAAACCUCCAAUUACCAAUGUGAUGACAAUCUCAUCUAAACUAACUAGCAGCAGCGGGAAGCCAUCAAUGGAUGUGGCUGUGAGCGUUCUAAUAAAACUUGUAAUUGACAUGUAUGUGUUGGAUUCUGGGGUAGCUGCUCCUCUUAUGUUAUCUAUGCUUGAGGAAAUGCUUAGUUCAUCACAGUUGACUUCAAAAGUUCGUGUGUUUGACGUAAUACUUAAUCUUGGGGUUCAUGGCCAUUUACUGGAGCCGAUUCUUGCUGAUGAUGCUUCCACCAUUGAGGAAGAGUACGCUCAAGAACCGCUGUCAAUUCAGGGUACGAGAAAGCCAGAUUACCUCAAGGCCCAAAGUUUAUCAGCAAUAAAUAACUUCGAGUCAUGGAUAUUGUGCAUUUUGUAUGAAGUCCUCCUCCUUCUUGUGCAGCGAGAGGAAAAGGACGAAUCUGUGUGGGCCUCUGCUCUCAGCUGUUUACUGUAUUUUGUUUGUGAUAGAGGCAAGAUUCGGAGAAGUAGGUUAAAAGGUCUUGACAUAAGAGUUAUUAAAGUGCUUAUACAAAUUAGCAGGAGAAACUCAUGGGCCGAGUUGGUUCAUUGCAAGUUAAUUAACAUGUUAACAAACAUGUUUUAUGAUGUAUCUGAAGGCUCUACCACAUCUACCCCAAUUUUUCUUGUGGAUCAGGUUCAUCUGAUUGGUGGAAUUGAGUUUGUGUUCAUUGAGCUAGUGAUCUCGAACUCUAGAGAAGGAAGGAGAAAUCUAUACCUGGUGCUUUUCGAUUAUGUCGUGCAUGAAAUAAACGAAAGUUGCGUAGCUAAUGGAAUUUCUGAGUAUAGCAAUGAUGAGAUUCAACCAAUAGCUUCUUUGCUCACACUUGCUGAUGCACCCGAAGCUUUGCAUAUUUCGGUUAAACUUGGUAUAGAAGGCAUUGGGGAUAUUUUAAAAAGGUCAAUCUCGGCUGCAUUACCCCGAUACUCCAACAGUGAAAGACUCAAUACGCUUUUGGAAAAGAUCAUGGAGAAAUUUGAUGCACUUUUAAGAUCACUGACUCACUUGGACAAAGAAUUCAGUCAUAUGACAGAAUUAACAAAAUCCUACAAGUAUUUAGAGAGCUUUGAAGAUGGAGUUUUAAGAAACAGUUACGGUUUGAAAGUGAAACUUGCGUGGGCCACUUUGCAUUCUCUCCUUCAUUCAGAACGGGCCGCGAUUCGUGAAAACGGUUAUGUAUGGUUGGGUGAUCUGCUUAUAGCAGAAAUAAACGAUGACGGGGAUUCCAUAUGGUCAAACAUAAAGAAUUUACAGAAAAGAAUUACGCUUGCUUCAGUUAAAGAUUAUUCCCCUGAGUUAGAUAUUCCACUACCCAUUUGGCUUAUGUGCGGGCUUCUUAAAUCUAAAAAUAAUCUUAUACGAUGGGGUUUUCUUUUUGUUCUCGAGAGACUUCUCAUGCGCUGCAAGUUUUUAUUAGAUGAGAAUGAAUUACAGCAUUCGGUUAGCAGUGAAACUCAUGGGAAGACCCGUCUAGAUAAAGCGAACGCUGUGAUAGACAUUAUGAGCAGUGCGUUAUCCUUGGUGGCUCAGAUAAACGUGACGGAUCGCAUGAACAUUUUGAAGAUGUGCGACAUAUUAUUUUCUCAAUUAUGCCUAAAAGUUAUUCCCGGAAACAAGUCCUCAUCAACAGACACAUUACGUAAUUCCAAGAGUUUUAAUUACUCUGUUUGGAACAAAAAGACAAGUUUGAUGGAAGAUCUCCCUGUACGAGAGAACUUCAGCUGGGAACCCUCAGCGGAAACUUCUAAGGGUGGAUUCGGAAUUAACGCAAACAAUCCUACAAGCGAGACCGCAUCAAUGGCGGCUUUACUUCUUCAAGGGCAAGCUAUUGUUCCUAUGCAAUUGGUUGCACGCGUGCCUGCGAUAUUAUUUUACUGGCCGUUGAUUCAACUGGCGGCUGCAGCUACAGACAACAUUGCGCUUGGUGUUUCUGUUGGUAGUAAAGGUGGUGGGAACCUACCUGGUGCCACGUCAGAUAUUAGAUCCACCCUUCUUCUAUUGCUGAUUGGUAAAUGCACUGCUGAUCCUGCUGCGUUUAAAGAAGUUGGCGGAGAAGAUUUUUUCAGGGAGCUACUAGAUGAUACUGACUCUAGGGUGGCUUAUUUCUCAUCAACGUUUCUUUUGAAGAGGAUGAUGACUGAAGAAGCAGAUAAUUACCAGCGUGGACUUUCGUCUCUUGUUUCCAGAGCUCAGCAGAGUAACAAUGAAAAAUUACUGGAAAAUCCUUAUCUUCAAAUGCGGGGCCUACUCCAGUUAUCGAGUGAAGGAUUAUGGAAUUAAACUGCAAUACUUUUAUGCCCUUUCAAGAGUCUUUUUUUAGUGACACAAAGCUGAGUGAACCGUUGAAAUAACAAAGUCAAAGAUGCUUAUUAAUUCGGUCAAAAUACUCGGGAGCAUUGUCUAGCCAGGAACACAUGGACUACAUGCCAAUUUGAGUUAAUUCAGUCGUUAUUCUUGUUGCUUUUUUGGGAUGAAAUUUCGGAAGUGCUGUUGUGGAAAUAAAUAAGCAGAAUGCAAGAUAUUCAGUUCCAGUAUAUAUAUGUCAACUUGUACACAUUGGUUUCAAGUAUUAUGUAAGACAUUCUCUUCAGUUGAAAUCGGGCCCUGUUCGAUCAGCGGAGGAUUUGUGUUUACAUGUAGAAGACAGAGAUUUGAGAGUUGACUUUUUCAAUUUCGGUUUGACUUGUUCAGAGGUUGUUAAUUCAAGCAUAAUCAGCAGGCCAGACGUUGUUAGAUUGGUUUCUGGAUGGUGCAGUGACGGUAUAUAGACAUUGGAGCUAAAUUUUGUGUGUGUUGGUAACGGCAUGGUACAUAUCUAGUUAUUUAUUGAACUUUAGAUGUGUAAAAUGUAUGCCUUUUUUGCAGUUCAUUUUGUUUUGGGUUAUUUUCCCUCCACAUUUUUGUAACAUAGUUUUCACUCAUCAAAUGUAUAUACAGUCCUUUAUUUGUGCUUGUUUUAA